AUCAAGGGUGGUAAUUAUAUUAAUGAAAUUAAUUAGCAUUAAUAGAAUAAAGGUACAUUCUGACGGAAAAUAAUGCAUCAUUAAAGAUCCAUGUAUUCGGAAUAAUAACAUGGGAAAACAUUAAUGAAAUUAUACAUACACCAUAUUUUGUUUCUUUUUAAAAUAAUUUCUGAACAUGUCUGUCUCCUGCGCUUUGGAGGAAUAAGAUUCUAGGGAGAAGAAAUAUGACAGGUAGCAUGAGCAAACCAGCUCUGGGGUUGGAGCAAGUUGGUCUCCACCUCAGUAAUCAAGCUGUAAAAUGGGAGAAACCGUAAUACCUGCAUCAUGAGGUGAAUGUGUGAAGGUUAAAUGAAAGUGCUUAGUGCGCCGCCCAAAUAAAUUUUACUUUAGAUAAUCUAUUCCUGCAUCUCAAGAGUAGCAGAUAAUACAGAAAUUAAAAUUUAGGAAUGUGAUUACGCUUAGUAAAGCGAAAGCGCCACGAUAUUGCACAAGAGGUAUUUAAUCUGUCAACCUGCCUCAUCCAAACACUUGGAUUUUGGUUAGGCCCUCGGGGCUGUCAAGAACUGAGGUCGACCUCGCCCUGAGCGAGCAAAAGAUGCUCUCUAGCAGGGGUUGCGGCUCGGUGGGUUUGACUAUUCCGUAAGCCAGCGAUGUAUAGCCGUGGCCCGCGCAAAACUAGGACUCAGAGGCGUCCCUCCCUGCUCUCCCUUGGGCUUUCUGCGAAACUUAGACCUGUCCCCCAUUUCCGCGCUGAGCCUACACGGUGAGAAGGGAGGCUUGGAAAGUGGCAGGGGGCACGACCACGCGCUCCAUCCCUCCGCGGGCUCGCAUUCAAAGACUACAGUCCCCAACGGACCCUGCGAGCUCGGGGUGUCCCGCAGGCAGGGCCUUGCAGCUGCGGGGGCUGUAGUUUCUCCUGUGUUCCGGUACAAACCUUUUUCUCCUCCGCAAUACAGGCGGUUACUGGGUGCUACGGCUUUCCCCGGAUUUCCGAAAACGGGGCGGGAGACCACCGGUAGAGCAGGCUCAUCCGUGGGAGGCCGCCGAGCGGCUCUGGCCGCGAAGGCGGAGCGGCGGAGCGCGAGGGCUCUGGCGCGGGAUGACGACCUCUGGCACGUACUACAGUCGUCCUCCUGGGCCGCGGCCGCGCACGCGCGGCGAGAACCUUGGGCGGGGCUUUGGGCGGCAGCAGCCGGCGGACAGUCCGCCUGUGGGCGGCUGAGUCGGCCCGCGGGGCUGGCGGGCGGAGAUGCGGCAAGUUCAUGGGGAUCGUCUCGAUCUCAGCCUCAGUUUGUAGAGCAGCUUCAGUUACACCGGCGGAGAUGGUGCCCUGGGUGCGGACGAUGGGGGAGAAGCUGAAACAGCGGCUGCGGCUGGACGUGGGACGCGAGAUCUGCCGCCAGUACCCGCUGUUCUGCUUCCUGCUGCUCUGCCUCAGCGCCGCCUCCCUGCUCCUCAACAGGUAUCUUCAUGUUUUAAUGAUCUUCUGGUCAUUUGUUGCUGGAGUCGUCACAUUCUACUGCUCGUUAAGACCUGAUUCUCUCUUACCAAAUAUAUUCUUCACAAUAAAAUACAAACCCAAGUUUGGACUUCAAGAAUUAUUUCCUCAAGGUCGUAGCUGUGCUGUUUGUGGUAAAGUGAAAUGUAAACGACAUAGGCCUUCCUUGCUACUUGAAAACUACCAGCCAUGGUUAGACCUGAAAAUUUCUUCCAAGGUUGAUGCAUCUCUCUCAGAGGUCCUUGAAUUAGUGUUGGAAAACUUUGUUUAUCCGUGGUACAGGGAUGUAACAGAUGAUGAGUCCUUUGUUGAUGAACUGAGGAUUACAUUACGUUUUUUUGCAUCUGUCUUAAUUCGAAGGAUUCACAAGGUGGAUAUUCCAUCUAUUAUAACCAAGAAACUAUUAAAAGCAGCAAUGAAGCAUAUAGAAGUGAUAGUUAAAGCCAGUCAGAAAGUGGAAAAUACAGAGUUUUUACAGCAAGCUGCUUUAGAAGAAUAUGGUCCAGAGCUUCACGUGGCUUUGAGGAGUCGAAGAGAUGAAUUACACUAUUUAAGGAAACUUACUGAACUACUUUUUCCUUAUGUUUUGCCUCCUAAAGCAACAGACUGCAGAUCCCUGACCUUACUUUUAAGAGAGAUCCUCUCUGGUUCAAUAUUCCUUCCUUCUUUGGAUUUCCUAGCUGAUCCAGAUACUGUGAAUCAUUUGCUUAUCAUCUUCAUAGAUGACAGCCCACCUGAGAAAGCAACUGAACCACCUUCCCCUUUGGUUCCAUUCUUGCAGAAAUUUGCAGAACCUAGAAAUAAAAAGCCAUCUGUGCUGAAGUUAGAAUUGAAGCAAAUUAGAGAGCAACAAGAUCUCUUAUUUCGUUUUAUGAACUUUCUGAAACAAGAAGGAGCAGUGCACGUGUUGCAGAUUUGUCUGACUGUGGAGGAAUUCAAUGAUAGAAUUUUGCGACCAGAGUUAUCAAAUGAUGAAAUGCUAUCUCUUCAUGAGGAGUUGCAGAAGAUUUAUAAAACAUACUGUUUGGAUGAAAGUAUUGACAAAAUUCGAUUUGAUCCCUUCAUUGUAGAAGAGAUUCAAAAAAUUGCUGAAGGCCCAUAUAUAGAUGUUGUGAAACUUCAAACUAUGAGAUGUCUUUUUGAAGCAUAUGAACAUGUGCUUUCUUUGUUGGAGACUGUGUUUACUCCUAUGUUCUGCCACAGUGAUGAGUAUUUCAGACAACUUUUAAGAGGUGCAGAAUCACCAACACGCAAUUCAAAAUUCAACAGAGGUAGCCUAAGUUUGGAUGAUUUUCGGAGCACACAGAAAAGAGGAGAAUCAUUUGGAAUCAGCAGAAUAGGUAGCAAAAUUAAAGGAGUAUUCAAAAGCACUACCAUGGAAGGAGCUAUGUUGCCUAAUUAUGGUUUAGCUGAAGGUGAAGAUGACUUUAUUGAAGAAGGUAUUGUUGUAAUGGAAGAUGAUUCUCCAGUGGAAGCUGUGAGCACACCUAAUACUCCCCGAAACCUUGCUGCAUGGAAAAUUAGCAUUCCAUAUGUAGACUUUUUUGAAGAUCCCUCCUCUGAAAGGAAGGAGAAAAAGGAGAGAAUACCUGUGUUUUGUAUUGAUGUUGAAAGGAAUGAUAGAAGAGCCGUUGGGCAUGAGCCUGAACAUUGGUCUGUCUAUAGAAGAUAUCUUGAAUUCUAUGUACUUGAAUCAAAACUAACAGAAUUUCAUGGCACAUUUCCUGAUGCCCAGCUUCCUUCCAAGAGGAUCAUUGGUCCCAAAAAUUAUGAAUUCUUAAAGUCAAAGAGAGAAGAGUUUCAGGAAUAUCUACAGAAACUUUUGCAGCAUCCAGAACUGAGUAAUAGUCAACUUCUAGCAGAUUUUCUCUCCCCCAAUGGUGGUGAAACACAGUUCCUUGAUAAGAUACUACCAGAUGUAAAUCUUGGGAAAAUUAUAAAGUCUGUUCCUGGAAAACUAAUGAAAGAGAAAGGUCAGCAUUUGGAACCUUUCAUCAUGAAUUUCAUUAAUUCUUGUGAAUCUCCAAAGCCUAAACCAAGUAAACCAGAACUGACCAUUCUCAGCCCUACUUCAGAAAACAACAAGAAGCUUUUCAAUGAUCUGUUUAAGAAUAAUGCAAACCGUGCUGAGAAUACAGAAAGAAAGCAAAAUCAGAAUUAUUUUAUGGAGAUGAUGACUGUAGAAGGAAUUUAUGAUUACCUGAUGUACGUAGGACGGGUGGUUUUCCAAGUUCCUGACUGGCUUCAUCAUUUCUUAAUGGGAACUCGAAUCCUCUUUAAAAACACCCUGGAAAUGUAUACUGACUACUAUCUUCAUUGUAAACUAGAACAGCUAUUUCAGGAGCACCGUUUGGUCUCACUCAUAACACUUCUCAGAGAUGCUGUAUUCUGUGAAAAUACUGAACCUCGCUCUCUCCAGGAUAAGCAAAAACGAGCAAAACGGACUUUUGAAGAAAUGAUGAAUUACAUUCCAGAUCUGAUUGUCAAGUGUAUUGGUGAAGAAGCCAAGUAUGAAAGCAUCAGACUUCUAUUUGAUGGCUUACAGCAGCCAGUUCUCAACAAGCAGCUGACUUACGUUUUAUUGGACAUUGUGAUACAAGAACUGUUUCCAGAGCUCAAUAAGGUACAAAAAGAAGUUACCUCUGUGACGUCUUGGAUGUAAACAUUUGGAUUUGGGAUAGAAUAACCAGUUGAAAUUUCUGCUGUGCUAGCUUAGUAGAUACGUACUGUUUUUUCUUUUACCUUUGUAUAUUCUUGUAUAUAUCAUGUAAUUCAAUGUCUGGAAUUUUGAUUUUUUUUUUGUUUUAAUAAAGACUAACAUAAACAUAAUAAUGAUUAAAAGUGACUGGGUUUCAUAGCCUUUCAUUUUACACCUGUUAUUCAAAUUUUAUUAGAACAUACAUCCCUUGUUAUUGCCAUUUUUUAAAGAGAUAAUUCAUAAUCUCCUUAAGACAAACAGGUAAGACCAAUAAUCUUUGUAUUGUAUCACCUUGAAAAUAAUUAUGUUUAGUGUGGAAAAACACUAAACAGAGUAGAUCUGAUUUGCUUUCUUAUUUAGAGUUAAUGCAUUUUAGUAGGUUUAUUUUUCCCUUUUUUCUUCAUUUUCUACAUAGUUAACUGUCUAUAAAGAAGACAUCCUUUAUGAAUUUUUGAGAACAAACAGGGACUUCUCCUUCCUCUUGCUGGAUGACUGACAGGUUAUAUAUAGCCCUUUUAGGUGUGAAAACUGAGUACUUACAGAUAUUUGUGAUUGUAUGGUUGCAACUACAUUUCACUGAAUGUAUAUAACCAUUUUCCAAAUUAUGUAAGCAAUUUAGUCAUGUAGAUGUUUGGUUUAUGUUGUCAGUUGUCUCUCCAAAAGAAAAAUAUGGAAUUAACUGCAUUCCUCAAGGAAAGUUAAUUUAAAUGAUUAUUUUUAAAGAAUCAAUGUUUAGAAUUCUACUCACAAUUCUUUCUCAUUCUAUGCUUUUCUCUUUGAAACUAAGUUGUCUUUCAGGAUUGAGCAUUUUGUGUUUGGUUACUGGUUGUAGUAUUCAUUCAGAAUAUAUUUAUUAAGUUUCAGCCAUGUAUUAGGUACUAAGUUGGGUAUUGUGGGAGCUCUAAAUAUAAUUUGGAAAGCUAAACCAUUUAAUGAUAUUAUUCACUUAUAUUUUUCCAAGGUUUAAAAAGAUGGUCAUUAUGUGUUGUAAAUUUUUGAAACAUUUUUAUCAGUAGUUCUAUUAUAUUUUUAAUUACUUGAAAAUUCUAUAACAUGUAUGAGUUUCUGAGAAUCAGUUCUUUAAUACCAAGCCUUAAACAUUUACUAAUUUCUCAGAAACAAGUAGAAGAUUAAUCAGGCUCUCUUCAUAUUUAAAUCCAUGCAUUUUGAACAUUAUUAUUUCAAAUGUCAUGAUGAACUGGAAAAAUAAAAUAUUUUACAG